CAUAACUAGCAACCAUGAAGUCGAGGAAACCAAGACGGAUAUGGCCAACAACAGUGAGUUGAACACUAGGUAUCAUCAAUAUGAAAGUCCAUUAGACCUAUCUCCUAGUUUAAGCUUGUUGGCCGAAAGGAAAGAACGAAAAGAGCUGACUGACUUUUUUAAGUUCAUGACCUUAUGUCAUGCUGUAAUGGUAGAUAAAGACCCGGCCACAGGGGAAAUCCUUUAUCAAUCAAGUUCACCAGAUGAGACUGCAUUGGUUGAAGGAGCUAAAGAAGUUGGCAUCGUGCUCAAGAGUAGGACUAAGGAAACCAUGACAAUAGAGAUCGAUGGAAAUGAAGAGGUCUACGAUCUGUGUAUCGAGUUUCCAUUCGACUCUAUUCGGAAAAGGAUGUCAGUGGUAAUUCAUAAAAAUGGUAUUUACUACCUUCUCACCAAAGGUGCAGAUAACAUUAUGAAUCCAAGAAUCUCAUGGAAAGAAGAUGAGCAGGAAAAAGUGGAUUUCGACCUUCACCAAUUUGCUACAGAGGGCUUGCGAACCUUAGUUAUGGCACAGAAGGAGAUCUCCAAGGAGACCUUCGAGGAGCUCAAGGGAAGGAUCGAUGAGCUUGAGUCCUCAGCUCUUGUAAAUAAGGACGAAAUGAUUUUUGACUUGUAUGACCAAUACGAACGCGACCUUAAUUUUAUAGGAGCGUCUGCCAUUGAAGAUAAACUUCAAGAAAAUGUUGCCGAGACUAUUAGCGUCCUCAUGGAAGCCAAUAUCCGUGUCUGGGUGCUAACAGGUGAUAAGCAAGAGACCGCAAUCGAGAUUGCAAAGGCAUGCCAACUGAUCCAGGAAGAUAUGGAGGAAGAAAUUCUUUCAAUAGAUUUUGACCACGCUAAAAUUAAGGAACAUGCAAUCUUAAUUCAUGAUGAAAUGAACAAGAUUUAUGAUAAAUAUGGAAUAAAGUAUACUGUAGAGAGUCUUGACGAUGAGAAAGCGAAACAACUUAAGAAAAGAAAACGGAUAACUUUUAAUGAAGCUAAAAGGGUAAUCUCUUCUCUAAGUAUUGUCAUUGACGGACCAACCUUGGGAAUUAUUCUUGGGGAUGAAGAUAUGGAAUUUGAGUUCUUUAAACUAGCAAUGCUAGCAAGAUCUGUAAUCUGAUGACGUGUUUCCCCUAAGCAGAAAGCAUCAAUUGUCAGGCUUGCAAGAUACAAGGAAAAAUCUAUUUCUUUGGCCAUCGGGGACGGAGCUAACGAUGUCCCGAUGAUCAUGCAGGCUAACAUUGGGAUAGGAAUCAGGGGUAAAGAGGGCACACAAGCAGUCAGGGCAUCCGAUUAUGCCAUCAGUCAAUUUAGAUUCCUGAAAAGGUUAAUUUUAGUUCAUGGAAGGUACGGAUAUCGAAGAAUAUCAUCUGUGAUUUGAUACUAUUUUUAUAAAAACAUUUUGCUCGUUUUUACGGAGAUUUACUUUGCAAUUUUCUGUGGAUUCUCAGGUCAGAUAUACUUUGCAGAUUGGCUGCCAAUGCUAUACAACUCCUUAUGGACCAGCUUCACAUGAUUCUUCGCAUACUCAUUGGAAAGGGAUGUUUCUAGUAAGAAGUCGGAAAGGUCUCCACAUUUGUACUCUGCAGGUCAGAAAAGGGAGUAUUUUUCAUACCUGAUAUUUUGGAAAUGGAUACUCUUGUCGAUUUACCAUGGCUUCAUUGUCUAUUUUGGAUGUACUUAUGGGUUCAGGUAUAUCGUGAAUCUAGAGGGACAUACAGAGACACUUUGGUAUGUUUCAUCCACUGCAUUUACUAUUAUCAUCCAUUUGGUGACGAUGAAGUUGAUCAUAGAGAUUUUGUUCCUAAAUUGGAUAGUGAUCGUCGCUGGUGUUGGAUCUGUAUUGCUUUAUUGGGUCUGAGCGAUAGUACUCAAUGUAUCUUUUGUUGCACAGCUUUUCCAACCUAACCUGGAAGGAAUCUACUUUAGGAUGCUCUCCUCCAUCCCAACUCUUCUAUCUUUAUUCCUAAUCCCACUAGUCGCCCUUCUUCCUGACCUAACUCUAAAAUACUUCUCGCAACUAUACAGACCAUCGAGUUCGGACAAAGAAAUUAUGAAAAUCCGUGAGACAAAUAAUCUUAUGAAGGGUCUUAACUCUAUUGCGCCUAAAUGAAGGACUUUAGGAAGUUUGUAUAACUCUGAAGGCAGGUUUUAGGUUGCGAUUCUAGCUGGAUGGGACCAACUAUUAAUUUAUGUAAUAAUCCUUUAUU